AUGAACGAUUCAAAGAGGGGAGAAGAUGAUCAGGGGCAAAGUAAAGAGACUGAUAAGAAGAAAAGAUCCCGGGUGAAGCAGCUGAUGGGCGAAGUGAAGAAACAAGUGGAGUUCUGGUUCGGAGACGUCAAUCUCCACAAAGAUCGCUUUCUGAAAAAGCUCAUUGAUGAAUCAGGCGAUGGCUAUGUUGAUUUAUCUGUGCUGGCAAGUUUCAACCGCAUGAAAAAGCUGACGAGUGACACCAAACUGAUCGCCAGGGCGCUGAAGAAUUCCUCUGUCGUGGAGAUGAAUUUAGAGGGCGAUAAAGUGAGACGACAACUUCCUAUAGGAGACGUACCAACUGACGUGGACAGCCGUACAGUAUAUGUGGAACUUCUGCCCAAGGAUGUGACUCACAACUGGAUCCAGAAGGUCUUCUCCAAAUGCGGAAGUGUCGUUUAUGCCAGCAUUCCCAGGUACAAAGCCACCGGCGAUUCCAAAGGGUUCGCCUUUGUGGAGUUCGAGAAUCCCGAACAAGCGAGUAAAGCCAUCGAGAUGCUCAAUAACCCUCCUGAAGACGCUCCCAGAAAACCGGGAAUUUUCCCCAAAACCAGGAAAGGAAAGCCGAUCCAGCUGCCUGCUGAAAAUCAGGCUUCAGGUGGCGGCGGAGAGGAAGAAAAGAAAAAACGUAAAAAGAAGAAAAAGAAGACGUCAACCGAAUGUGCAAAAGUGCCAAUUACGGACGACGACGAGCUGUCGGAUCAGCAGCAGAAAAGAAAGAAACCGCGCUCUGACGUCGCGAAUGAGAAGACGGCGGGGAAAAUCUCGGAAAAAAAACGACGACGCUCGCUCGUGGCCGACGAAUCGGAAACGGAGGUCCCGUCCAAGAUGAGGAAGCUCGGGGAGAAAGAAGAGCGAGAAGAUCCUCCUGUGGAAGGCGAGCGCGGGAAGGAAAACCAGGAAGACUCGCUGGUCAAAACCAAGAGGAAGAGGAAGAAGAAACACAAGGAAAAGCUGAAAAUCGGCGAGGAGGUCAUCCCGCUGAGAGUCUUAUCCAAAAAAGCCUGGCUUGAGCUCAAGGCCGAGUACUUGAGGUUGCAGAAGCGCAGCAUGUCAUCUUUGAAGAAGUGCAUGGCGCAACUGGACGGCGAAGAGCGGCGCGACGACGAAAGGAGUGAGCUCACAGUGCCGUAGCUUCAUUUCGGAACUUCUCGCGCACACCCUAAACGCGCUUUCAUUUUUAUCCUUAUAGUGGAGGCGAGCGAGAAAGCGAGCGGUCAAGGGCCUCAGUUCACGAGCGGCGUCAUCAUGAAAAUUACGGACAACAAAGCGCUUCCGGGGAGGAAGAUCAUUAAAGAUGCGCUCUGCAAGAUCUCGCCCGUGGCGUACGUGGACCUCUUGGAAGGCGACGCCGAAGGCUACGUGCGCUUCAACCGGCCGGAGGACGCGCGAGCCGUCAGCGACACGCAAGCAGAGUUGCAGAAGGAGCACAGCUGGCAGCUGGAAAUCCUCUCAGGCGACCACGAGCAGAGGUACUGGCAGAAGAUCCUCGUUGAUCGUCAGGUUAAAUUAAACCGACCCCGAGAAAAGAAACGCGGCACGGACAAACUAAUAUCCAAAGCAGAAAAGAUCAUCACGGCUCGCGCCAAGGAGGCUAACAAGCACAUCCGCUUCCAGGAGGACUGA